UCCGCCUUGAGAGGGGGCAGUAGCCGCUCUGCUACUUGUUGUAGGCAGCAUCAUCACACACCGUGGAGGAAGAAUGAAGAACCGUGUUCUGGAGCGGCAAAUGUGAACUCACCGGGAGCAGAACUAAACAUUUUGUAAAAUUACAACCCGGGCAGUCUUUACAAAAUGUCGGGAAUACCACCGGAUUCAUGGCAACCUCCUACGGUUUCUGUAGAGACAACAAUGGGAAAUGUUGUGGUAGAGCUAUAUUGGAAGCAUGCUCCCAAGACCUGCAAGAACUUUGCGGAGCUCAGCCGGAGGGGCUACUACAACACAACAAAGUUCCACCGCAUCAUUAAAGACUUCAUGGUGCAAGGUGGGGACCCCACCGGAACAGGUCGGGGAGGUGCAUCGAUUUUUGGAAAACAGUUUGAAGAUGAAAUGCAUCCAGAGCUGAAAUUCACAGGUGCAGGAAUUCUGGCCAUGGCCAAUGCGGGCCCUGACACGAACGGGAGCCAGUUCUUCCUGACGUUGGCGCCAACCCAGUGGCUGGAUGGCAAGCACACCAUCUUUGGCCGCGUGUGCCAAGGCAUCGGGGUGCUCAACAGGAUUGGCAUGGUGGAGACCAGCUCCCAAGAUCGACCCGUGGACGAAAUCAAAAUACUGAGGAUGAACCUGGCUAUGUGAAACCAUGGAGUACCGGUGGUGUUUUUUUUUUUUUUUACCGUUUCUUGUAAUUAAAGCGAGUUUAUAAUAAAAUGACUUUGCGAAAAGCUUUGUCCAAACCUG